AUGGCCCGGCCCGCCCCCCGUGGUGCCCCCAUGCUUUUCCUGGCCCUCCUGGUGCUUCUGGAGCUGAGCCUGGCGGGCUCCCUGGGACCUGGAACUCCUGCUCGAAACCUCCCUGCGAAUCACCUCAGCCUCCCGGGCCCAGCACGAUGGAUGCCACAGGCCAGCCACCACCGCCGGCGGGGGGGCCUGGGCAAGAAGGAUCGGGGUCCCCGUGUGCCUGGCUGGGCCCAGGAGGGAGCUGUGGGCACCUCCACCAGGCAGGCCUCCAGGCUGCCAGGGGCAGAGGUGCUGCCGCCCAGACAAAGUCCUGCUGGCCUGCUGCAGGACAGGAAUCUGUUCCUGGGGUUGUCGCUGCCCUACCCCGAGAAGGAGAACCGGUCUCCGGGGAGGAAGCGCGGCAGGGAACACAAGCGACGCAGGGAGAGGUUGAAGCCGCACAGAGGCCGAGCCUUGGUCCGAGGCCCCAGCUCCCUGAUGAAGAGGGUGGAGUUGUCUGAAGACCAGGCACCAGACACCACAACAGAGGAAUCCUCCACCAGCCUGGCCCCGACCGUCCUCUACCUCUCCACCUUGGAGGCAGCGCCUGCCACAGAAGAGUCCCUGAUCCUGCCUGUCACAUCCCUGUGGCCCCAGCAGGUUCAGCCCCGGCCUGGUGGGGAGGUGAUGCCCACGCUGGACAUGGCUCUGUUCGACUGGACUGAUUAUGAAGACUUAAAACCCGAGGUCUGGCCCUCUGCCAAAAAGAAAGAGAGACACCGGGGUAAACUCUCCGGCGACGGCAAUGAAACGUCACUGGCCGAAGGGGAACCGUGCGACCACCACCAAGACUGCCUGCCAGGGACCUGCUGUGGCCUGCGGGAGCACCUCUGCACGCCCCACAACCGGGGCCUCAACAACAAAUGCUUCGACGACUGCAUGUGUGUGGAAGGGCUGCGCUGCUACGCCAAGUUCCACCGGAACCGCAGGGUCACACGGCGGAAGGGGCGCUGCGUGGAGCCCGAGACGGCCAAUGGCGACCAGGGAUCCUUCAUCAACGUCUAG